GGACUUAUAAGGUAAUUUGUGUUGCGUAUCAUACUGACAUAGAAUGCAAUGCAAUGCAGUUGGAAACAAUCAAAAGUGAUCCGUCACUAAGAAGAAAAUGUCUGACCUUAAGAAUACGUCACAUGAUGGCUUCCACUUGGGGAACUUCUCAUUGGCUAGUUUCUUUCCGUUGAUAUCUCAUUGUUAUGUAUUUUUAUUUAAAAUUCUACGAAUUGUCACCUGAUAUAACAAUGAUCGUAACGAUAAGAUUCGAUGGGAAACUCGUUAUAGAAGCUUAACAUACAUCUAUGCAUAUGAGCUGUGGCCUGAGAACAAAGAAAAAUAGUUAUCGAAUUGAACGAAGAAAGAAAGAAAUAUAACGCAUCCGAAGAGAGUAAAUAUUUUGUCUUCAAGAUUUUCGAAGAUUCAACGAUGUUCCCUGCUUCGUUACUCUGCUAGAAUUAGAUAUUACAAAGAGAAUAAAUAAGCUUGCACAUCGUCCAAUGAAAAUUUGUUGAUAAAAUGUAUUCCUUUUCUUUUCAAUUAAUUUACUGGAAUGAACAACAAUACUGGUUUGAAAAUGUUCGGAAAAAAGCAAACUAAUGUAAAAAAGCGUGCAGUAAUAUGACUACUAUGACGAUUUGUGAUCUUGCAUUGCAAUUAUUAUGUGUUAAAUGUAUGGUAAGCGAAGAGUAAAAUUGUAUACAUGUAUAUAUCUAUUUAUGCAUGUGAUGCAUAUGGGUGUGGGUAUAUAUGUAUUUGGGAGAGAUGUGGCAUACAAGCGCAUGCACGAAUGACGUAGUAGCUUGGAAAAAAAAAAUAAACGAUGUUAGAGAAAAUGUUAAGAUUGAAUUGCGUUAAUAGGUAAAUAAAGAGUAUUUUCUAAUAGUUCUAUAUCUCUCUUUCUCUCUGUUGGACAACUAGUAGAGCAAAACAGCUACCAAUUGAGCUUGUAUGUUUUGUAAACUCGUGCAUUGCGUGCAUGCGCAGGUAUACAUCAAUACAAACAUGCACUAUAUAUACAUGCACAUAAAUUCAUAGUUAGGAAUAAAUGUGUUAAAAUACGUAUAUAGAGAAACAUCCCCUCUACUAGCAUUCUCUCCCCCUCUCUAGCAUCCCUCUCAAGCGUCCAGUAUUCGUAGUUCGGGAACGGAAGAGAAGGAACCUCUUCGGGCCAUCGUAGUCUCAUUCGUUGUUGAAAAGUCUCUCCUCGUUGUCACGCGCUAAAAAUACUUUUCUACGACCGUUCGAGGGUAUAACAUGCCGAAAGAAAAGAAGAAUUAGGUCGAUAAAAGAGAUAACAAAUAUUAUCCUAGAAUUGUCAUGGAACAGCUAGGAAAAAUUGCGGAUUAUUUACGCGGGUUGAAAAGUUCGCUUUUAUCAUCAUCAGCAGAAGAAGCAGCAACAACAGAAGCUACAAUAGCAGAAACAGAAACUGCACCACCACCACCAACACCAUCAACACCAGCAAUAACACCAAUACCAACACCACCGCCAAAAGCAGAUACACCAACAACACCAGCAGUAAUUGCAACAGCAACAUCGUCAUCGCCGUUGUCCUGCGAUGCAACAAAGAUGAGCCUCGAGGCCGAUUCUUCAAGGAAUUUGGCCGUCCUUCUCGAGACAAAAAAUGACCAAGAGUUUCGUAAUAAUGUUAACGAUAUUGAGACUAUGAAUAAAUUCUUCAAAAUUUUGGAGAAUAUCAUUUUAUGGGAAAACCCUUAUAACAGUUUAUAUACAGUGGGUGUUUAUAGUAUAAUCUUUUGGGGGAUAAUUUUCCUAGACAUCCAAAUUUUAGCAGCGGCCAGCAUCAUUGCACUUUUUAUGGUUCUGGGUUUUAAAAAUCUGGAAGUGCUGAUACAAGAAGAGAAGAAGGGAAAAUUAGUAUCACAACCCAAAGCUGAACAGAUUGAAAACAUAGGAAGACAAAUAAAAUACUUAUUCCAGAGCAUACAACAACUGCGGGCAGAUCAGCCAGGGGUGUUUUGUGCCGCUACUUGUUUCCUAUCUCUGACCCUAUGGAUAAUUGGGUGCAUUGUGAACGGAGUAUUUCUCGCCUAUAUAUUAGGUCUAAGCAUUCUAACAGUACCUGCAUUAUUACUGAAGUUACCUGGAACAUUAAUAUCACAUAGAGAAUGGGAUAGCGAAGUAGAAGAAUUCUUACCUGCAGUAACUGAAGAUAGUCUUCAAGUAUUAAAGAUGGCAGGAGAAUCAGGUGACCAUUCUCCAACACCAUUGAGCAAACAAUCAGAUAAUCAAAACGAAUUUUUUAAUGAUGAUGAACUCAUAGAUUUUCUAAUGCCAUCCCACGACGAGAAUAGCAGUGAUGAAGUUGCCUCAGAAUUGGAACUUAGUGGCGAAGAGACAGAUAUAGGUGACAUUAAGUUCCAAAGCAAACAUUUUGAGAAAAGUUCAUCCUCGGAGGAAGAAAUAGAUAUUAGACAAGAAAUGCUCAAAAAAAAAUUUGAUCAAAGUGAUGAAAGUGAUUAUGAAUUCGUAAUUAUUGAUAACGAGGAAUUUGCAGAUUUUAAAAAUGUAUGAAGAUAUCUGAAACGUGGGUAUAUUUCUUUUGAAACUGUGACAUACAUGCAAAAUAAGAUGGAAGAAUAUAAUUAUAA